GUUAUAAAGGCAAAGCGUCCAAUAUAGAUAUAGGCAAUAUAUAGCGGGAUAUAGCGCUAAUUUGCCAUUUUUCCAGGGAGUAUUCGCAACAUAGGUACUACAUUAACAUGGACAUCGAACUAAGCUUAGACGAGAUAAUCGAACGAAAGCGUGGGCGUCCCAGCGACAAAAAAUUCUACCUCAAUAAUAACAAGCCACGCAAGCUUCUGAACAAGCAAACCUUCAAGCCCACAAAACCGGCAGUAGGCCAAACAUUGUCGUUACAAGCGUCGCCGGCUCCAGCGCGCAAUUUCGAUGCACGAAACAAGAUCAUUCAGAAGACGCGUGCCAAGAUCACCGAUGCACGGGAAGUGCUCAUCAGGAAUAUGCGGCAGUCGGGCAUCGAUGCGCGCGAGGUGCUGCUCGAGCGCAAAAAGGAGCGCCAGCAGCAUCAUGCGGAAUCGCCACCACCUCCAGUUCGUGAAGCCAUCGGUCCGGGUGGCGUGCACAAAGGGCGGUUUGGACAUCGUGUGAUAACCAUGACGAAUAAGCCGGGUGGCACCAUCCAAACCCUGUGGAAUCCCGAAGAACCUCUACCACGUGUUCGCGUUGGUGGUGGUGUUAGUGGUGGAGGCGGAGGUAUUUACAAAGCGGUGGUCGGUGCUAUGCCGCCUCAUCAGCCAUAUAUGCCCAGACUGAAUAAACCGGUGCAACCGUUUGCUCCACGCGGCUAUGUCGACCAUGAUAAUAUGCAGGACUUGGAGGAGGAGGAGCUAAGUCGCACGCUGCACUUUAGCAACUAUAAAAGCCAACCACCGGGACCCAAUGUGCGUUUCAAAUUCGGAGGCGGUGGCUAUGACAUGGACGAUGUCGAAAUGGUGUCCGUAACGGGCCCGAGCAUCGCCAACGAUCCGUUUGCCAUUUACGAACCGAUACGCAAUCGCAGUGAGCGAUCAGCUUUGCCACCGUCACUUGCUACUCACACGGAUGCGGGCGAACAGUUAUUCGAGCGACGACAACGCAACCUGGUGGCUUCCGCCAACUUACCAGAAUCGCUGCGUGCCCGUCUGUUUGGCAGCGAGCCGGAUCGUCGUGUCUCGCAUGGCAUUUAUGCCAACGAGAAUGGGUCACAGCCAACGGGUAUUAGCGUUGUUGCUGGUGGUGGCGGCAGCACAGGCGGUGGGGGACCACUAAGACGCAGUCCACCGCCACCCCCCUUGGCUGCACUCAAUCAUAAGCCCGGCUAUCGUUUGCUGGUGAGCAAUCUGCAUGCUAAUGUCACCACUGCGGACAUACGCGAGCUGUUCAAUGAUAUUGGACCCAUGUACGAUGCGCAUGUGGUUCGUCCAGGCACUGCGGAGGUCAUCUACAAGAGUCUGGAGCACGCCGAGAAGGCUGUCGAUGCCUACCAUCAGCGUGAAUUUGAUGGCCAGCCCAUGCACUGUGUUCUGGUUAAUCCGCACUCGUCAAACCGUUCGGCCAAUUCGGCAAGCUCACGCACGGUCACAACGAAUUCAUCGGGCGUGGAAGUGGACAUUGAUGCGCUGCAUUCGGUGCUAUUUCGGGACCGCUAGGCAUACGCAUAACAAUCCACUUGACACACUAGGCAAUUAUCACAGGAAACACUAUCCUAAAGACAUUCACAACUAUACAUAUUUAGACACGCGCUUCUUUUUUUGUUGGAGACAUCGACAUUCAUUUUCAUCAUCUAUUAGUUGUAAGUCCAACGAACGGCUCGAUUUAUGUAAAGUUCAGUACAUAAAAAAGAUGUUCUAUGCAAAGGCGGAAGUCGUUGAGUCAAUGCGUAAUUUAGAGAGAAUUAUGUAAAAAAAUAUAUAAAAUACGCAAGCAGCACGA